AUGACCCAAUCCGAGGAUGUUGAGCUCAAAAAGAGCAAGAAACACCGAAAUAACAACCACAAUGGCUCCAGCGCAUCCACCGACGGAAGCGAUGCCGAGACCGCGAGCCAGACCAGCAGCAAGCGGGGCACCAAGGACAAGAAGCGCAAGGCAGAUGGCGAGGUCAACGGCCACACAAGGAAAGCUCGCCGCGAGAGCCUGAGCCGACCUGCGCGGGACCCUCGCGAUACUACUUCUCCCAAGUCCAAGAAGAAGAAGAAGAAGUCAAAGCCCGAGGGAACCGUGACGCGCUCUCCCAGCCCGGUCAUUGACUUUGACGGUCUGAGUCGCCCGAGCGUCGGAACCCGUGAGCGACUCGAAGAGAGCCCCGAACUCGCCGCCGUAAGACUUGCGAAGCUCGAGGGCGCUGUUCGCACUAUUCUCGAAUGUGUCGGCGAAGACCCCGCCAGGUCCGGCAUCCUCGACACCCCGAGCCGUUACGCUAAGGCCAUGCUCUUCUUCACCAAGGGCUACCAGGAGAAUGUUCGCGACAUUGUCAACAAUGCUAUUUUCCAAGAGGGGCACAACGAGAUGGUCAUCAUUAAGGACAUUGAGAUCUUCAGUCUUUGCGAGCACCACCUGGUUCCUUUCACUGGCAAGAUGCACAUUGCCUACAUCCCGAAAAACCAAGUCAUCGGCCUGUCCAAGAUCCCGCGCAUCGCCGAGAUGUUCAGCAGACGUCUGCAGAUCCAGGAGCGCCUGACCAAGGAGGUGGCCAACGCCAUCAUGGAGAUCCUCCAGCCGCAGGGUGUCGCCGUCGUCAUGGAGUCCAGCCACUUGUGCAUGGUCAUGCGCGGCGUGCAGAAGACAACCACCAGUACGAUUACCAGCUGUGUACUGGGUGCCUUCGAGAAGAAGGAGAAGACGAGGAACGAGUUCCUCAGCCUGGUGGGGUUGAAGACAUAG